AUGUACAUGCCCUCCCCCUCCGCGCCCCCUUCCUGCGCCCCGACCGGGUUAGGGGUGGGCCCUCACCCGGGCGCUAGAAAGUCCCCCAAGGCGGGAGCAGGGGAGGGCAGAGGGGCGGGGGAGGCUCUAGCGCUCUCGGCUCUCAUUUCAAAGCGCGCUCUCCCUUCCAGGUUGGGUCAGACCUGAACCCCUAAAAGCGGAACCGCCUCCCACCUUCGCGCCAGCCGCCCGCCGGGAGCUGAGUCGCCGGCGGCGGCGGCGGCGGCGGCGGCGGCGGCGGACGGACCCGGGAGUUUCGUCUCGCACUGGAUGGAGCUGAACUUUGGGCGGCCAGAGCAGCGCGGCCGUCCGGGGAACGCUGUAUGCUGAGCUCCCCCGGCGAGACCCAGCGGCGGCUCAGGAUUUUUUGGGGGGCGGGGACCAGCCGGCACCAUGUUCCUGGCGACCUUGUACUUCGCGCUGCCGCUCCUGGACCUGCUCCUGUCGGCGGAGGUGAGCGGCGGGGACCGCCUGGACUGUGUGAAAGCCAGCGAUCAGUGCCUGAAAGAGCAGAGCUGCAGCACCAAGUACCGCACGCUGAGGCAGUGCGUGGCGGGCAAGGAGACCAACUUCAGCCUGACAUCGGGCCUGGAGGCCAAGGACGAGUGCCGCAGUGCCAUGGAGGCCCUCAAGCAGAAGUCUCUCUACAACUGCCGCUGCAAGCGGGGCAUGAAGAAGGAGAAGAACUGCCUGCGCAUCUACUGGAGCAUGUACCAGAGCCUGCAGGGAAAUGAUCUGCUCGAAGAUUCCCCUUAUGAACCAGUUAACAGCAGAUUGUCUGAUAUAUUCCGGGUGGUCCCAUUCAUACCAGAUAUUUUCCAGCAAGUGGAGCACGUUCCCAAAGGGAACAACUGCCUGGACGCCGCCAAGGCCUGUAACCUCGACGACACCUGUAAGAAGUACAGGUCCGCGUACAUCACCCCGUGCACCACCAGCAUGUCCAACGAGGUCUGCAACCGGCGCAAGUGCCACAAGGCCCUGCGGCAGUUCUUCGACAAGGUUCCGGCCAAGCACAGCUACGGAAUGCUCUUCUGCUCCUGCCGGGACAUCGCGUGCACGGAGCGGAGGCGGCAGACCAUCGUGCCCGUGUGCUCCUACGAGGAGAGGGAGAAACCCAACUGCCUGACUUUGCAGGACUCGUGCAAGACGAAUUACAUCUGCAGAUCUCGCCUUGCAGAUUUUUUUACCAACUGCCAACCGGAGUCAAGGUCUGCCAGCAGCUGCCUAAAGGAAAACUAUGCUGACUGCCUCCUCGCCUACUCAGGGCUUAUUGGUACAGUCAUGACCCCCAACUACAUAGACUCCAGUAGCCUCAGUGUGGCCCCAUGGUGUGACUGCAACAACAGUGGGAAUGAUCUGGAAGAGUGCUUCAAAUUUUUGAACUUCUUCAAGGACAAUACAUGUCUCAAAAAUGCAAUUCAAGCCUUUGGCAAUGGCUCCGAUGUGACCGUGUGGCAGCCAGCCCUCCCAGUUCAGACCACCACUGCCACCACCACCACAGCCUUCCGGGUCAAGAACAAGCCCCUGGGACCUGCAGGGUCGGAGAAUGAGAUCCCCACUCAUGUUUUACCACCUUGUGCAAAUCUGCAGGCACAGAAGCUGAAAUCCAAUGUGUCGGGCAGCACGCACCUCUGUCUUUCUGAUCGUGAUUACGAAAAGAACGGCCUUGCUGGUGCUUCCAGCCACAUAACCACAAAAUCAAUGGCUGCUCCUCCAACGUGUGGUCUGAGCCCACUGCUGGUUCUGGUGGUAACCGCCCUGUCCACCUUUUUGUCUUUAUCUUUGGCAGAAACAUCGUAGCUGCAUUUAAAAAAAAAAAAAAACAAUGCGGACAUGUAAAAAGACAAAAACCAAGCUAUCUGUUUCCUGUCCUCUUGUAUAUCUGAAAUUCCAGUUUUAGGAGCUCAGUUGAGACACUGGGAAAACAGUUUCAUUCAACUGGAACUUUUUCUUUCUUUCUCUCUUUUCUUUUUUCUUUCUUCCCUUUUUUUUUUUUUUUUUUUUUUUUUAAGAAAUCUUGUGAACCUUAGGGCUUCUAUGGGAUACCUGAUGCUGUGCUACAUUCCAAAUUCAAAAGGCUUUGGGGCAUGCUGUGUCGUAAAGGGGGAGUUUGUAAAGUUGGCUGUCUAACAAACUGGGCCCAUGUUUUACAUGAUGAUGUCGAUGAUUUUAACAAUUUAACUCUGGCCGUUACUAGCAAGAGAAAGGAGUUAGUAUUGCUAAAGAAUCUUCCAGAGUCACAUAAUGACUGGUUUCUAAUGACAUCAUUUUAGCCUAACAUGGGUGCAGGUUUUGGUGGGAUUUUUUUUUUUUUUUUUUUUUGGUCACAAAGCAAAGAUCCUCAUCAAGGGGAUCUUGAUGGACUUUGUGCAAACCAGCUUGCAUCAAUGUUUACCUUUUCUAUAUGUACUAACAAUUUCCACAUUGUGUACUACAAACAGUUCUACACUCUCCUACCAAACAAAAGACACCUGUCGCAUCCAAACGUAGUGUCUGUCUUCUAGUCAGUGUGGCGGAGGGGAGUGGGGGGAGGCGAGUGUGCAUGAACGUUUGCAGUACCUUGAUGGUUGAACGACACUCUCCUAAGCCUUCCCUGAGCGAGAAGCCCUUUAACUAACAGGAGUCCAAUAUAGCCGAUAUGUCGCUCUAAUACUCUUUACACGUAUGAAGUUAUAUGUAGGAAAAAAAUUUUACUACCAAAUGAUUUCAACUAUUGGCUUUCUAUAUUUUGAAAGUACUGAUACUGUCUUCAUUUUUUACUGAUGAUUUAAUACAAAAUACAUGGAGCUCGUUUCCCUCUCGUAAGUAGUGUUCGCUCCGAUGUUAACUUCACGAAGACAGCUCUUCAAAAGCAGACUGGGACGAGUCUGUGCUUUAGCAGAAAGCUCUGCACCCCGUUACUGCGGACAGGCAGGAGGAAACAGAACAGCCAGGUGUUGUCCUUUAUCAUUUCUUGACAUGCAAGCGUGCAUUCCCGUGAGGAAACUGGCGGCCAUUUGUCAAUGCCCUGCAAAAUCUGAUGGCACCUGUGACAGUUGACACAAUCCAGUACCUUGGUUUUCAUGUGACUUGACAGAGACUGGUUUGGCUGGGACGGAGGGCAGGGACCUGCUGACCUCUCUUCUGAAGCAGAUCCUUGCCAGCCUACCCAGGUCUUUUCCUGAGGGUUGUCUUGACUCUCCAUGGUGAUGACCUCGCCGCUGGUUAGAGUGAUUUGGUCUGAAGGUCAUCAGGACCCUACUUGCAUCUUGUUAUGUUGUAUGUCCUCCAUGACAGACUCUGACAGACUGUGUGGGAAAGAAAGAAGGCUGUGGAUCAGGAGGACCAAUGAUAGGUCUGUGGAGAAGAGUUGGCUGGUAAAGAUACAAGGAACAGGACUCUGGAUACAAGGCAUCUGGCUUGUUCACUGCACAUCAUCUUCCAUCAUUCUCAUCCUUAAACAAGUAGACCCUGAAGUGCACUUUCAAAGUCUGGUUGAUGGCGACAUUCCGAAUCUACAACGAUUGAGUGCUAGGAGCCAUGCUUCUCCAACACUGAGUAGAGAAGAGGAGAUUCCACCUGAAGAGAGUGCUGGGAGCAUUAUCUCUCCCACAUCAGUAGGGGGGCUGGAGGAGGAACUCAAGGUGCACAGUUCAUACUGAUCCCCUUUGCCCACUGAUGUUUGCCUUGUAAGAAUUAAUCAAAUCACUGGG